CUUGUGCACCAUGUUGAGUGCUCUUAACAGAGCGGGAAGUUGCAGGGGCUGACCUCCUUAGGGUAAUCCCUUCUCCUCCUGAAGUUAGCAGAGGGAAAAUUACAUAGGUUUGCAUGUAUCCCUCACCGCCAAGCUGCAUGUUACAUACCCAGUACUAAUAAGCGAUGCAAAUACCAGGAACAACUGCACAAAAGCUUACUCAUUCUUUAUGAAUACCUUAUUCAUAUGAGCAAGGAUAGUGUGUCCUCCGGAUAACUCUUCCAGUUCUACUUUGCGUUAUUCACAGUUUAAUUUCAAUUAGGUUCACUUACAGGUAAGCCACAACAGCCAAAUGCGUAUUCAUGGGUGCAGUUGUUUUUGUUUGCUGCCUCACUUCCUCCUUCCCCAGAGGGUUUUCAGUGUUGAGCCUAGGCCAGGAAGGAGAAACCGGCAAUGUGAGGUUCUUAAACAAAAGAUUAGCAUGUAGAGGUGGUAGAGUAAGGACUUUGUUUUGUUCUCAUCAGGAUCAAGUGGAAAGAAGCCUGUCCUUCAGCUGUCCUACUCCAAACAGGACUUGCACAAAGGCCUCCAGGGAGCGUUCCUGUCUUUAAUCACACACAGUUCAGAGGCGGUUAAUUGCUAGACUUCCACUGUGGAGACCAAAGAUGGAGUUAGUUAGAACCAUUCCCCCUUGUCCUAUCACUCUCCGCCCUCGUAAAACCUAUGGAAAGGAAGUGAAGUACAGAUGCCUGAAGAUGACAGGAGCAAAAGAGAUACUACAGAGAAGAAAGAUCAUGGAUUGCUACAGGAAGUAUGCAGCUGUCACUUUGACCAUUAUGUCUGUAUUUCUGCAUCUUCUUCAUACUUUCCCAGAUGGAGAAUUUCUCAUGCAGGGUUGUCCAGAGUGCAAGCUAGGGGAGAACAGAUUCUUUUCAAAACCAGGAGCCCCCAUUUACCAGUGCACUGGAUGCUGUUUCUCCCGGGCCUAUCCCACUCCAAUGAGAUCCAAGAAGACCAUGCUUGUUCCAAAAAACAUUACAUCAGAAGCAACGUGCUGCGUAGCAAAGGCUUUCACCAAGAUUACCCUUAAGGACAAUGUGAAGAUAGAGAACCACACAGACUGUCACUGCAGUACCUGCUACUAUCAUAAAUCUUAAAGCCUGUCCCUUUGGUAAUGAUCAAGGACAACGGUGAAUGGAAUAUUUGUUUUUCAGCUUUUAUAGCAACGCUGUGUAUAAUCUUGUGUUUUCUGGUCAAGACACCAAGUAGACUUUUGAAUGAGAUGGAUGGCUGUUUUAUUUCCUCUCUGCUUCUUCAUGCAUUUAAGUAAGUUUAACUAUUUCCAUUAGGGAUUAGAUGCAGCACUUGCAUGACAACCAUAACCUUGAUCUGUUUUUAAAAUAAACUGUCAGAUAAAUUGUCAAUGUUUCUUGAGGAAAAAUGAUGAUUUCAUAGCUUAAAACAACAAAAAAAGAGAUUUUGUAGUUUAUUUUCAAGUUUGUUUGUUUUUAUUUAUUUUUCUGGGAGA